GUCUGUAUAUUAACUUUAAUUUUUUAAUCCCAGAUUAAAAGUUAUUUCAAAGCAACUCCCUUUGAACAGCUUUAAUGUUAAUCAACAUUAUUUUCUCUUUGAUUUGAUUGCUCUUUUGAUUUGUUUGUGGUUCCAGAAUUUGUAUUUAUAUUUUAAAGUGGAAGUCGUAGUGUAACAAAAUGUUUAUUUGAUUUUGAUAUUGGUUUGUUUUAUGAGCUUCAAUGAUGGUGAAAUAUCAAGGUCAAAUUGAUGUCAUGAGUUCGCCAGCACUUUAUCAUCGUUCUAUCUCAUUGACCCGUGAUAAUCGUGUUAACAAAGAACAUGAGCGGGCAUUGAAAAAUUUUCUCAUUGAAAUGCGCAAGAAAAAUUUUGAUGAGAUCAAACUAUCAACAUACAGAGCAGCCGCUAAGCUUGUGUUUGUUCAAACAACUACCAGUUUGAACCUUGUCGAUAUUUACAAUGUUAUUGAAGCAUUUCGUGAGAAUGGAUUAAACACUCUUGAUCAUACUGCAGAAAUUGACGAACCUCGGCUUGAAUGCAUUAUUGCCAGUAUAUAUUAUUCUCUUUACAAGCGCCUUCCUUCAAAAACUGAUAUUGAUGUUGAAAAAUGCAUUGCUAUCCUCACUCAAUGGAUCAUGCAUGCAUAUGACAGAGAUGGCAUAAAAAAAAUCAGAGUGCUUUCUGUAAAAACUGCUCUAUCAACUUUAUGUGAAGGAAGACUGGUUGACAAACUCCGAUAUGUAUAUACCCAGAUUUCUGAAUCUAAUGGAAUACUAAAUGUUGCAAAAUUAGACAAUUACCUUAGAGAUUUGCUAACGCUACCCUGUGCAGUUGGAGAAGAACCAAAUUUUGGCUACAGCGAAGAUAUUCUAGAAUCAUUCAUUAAACCAACUGGGGUACUUGAGAGAACGCAUACUAAGCUUGAUGAAUUUCUCGAAGCAUUUUUAAAUGAACAAACAAAUGGUGUACUGUAUUGGCUACAUAUGCUUCACAAAAUUUGUAAAGCAUCGGAAGUUGAACACUUGAUCCAAUGCAAAGGUUGUGGAAUAAAAAGUUUCUUAGGUCUUAGAUACAAGUGUCUACAUUGCUACAACUAUCAUUUUUGCCAGGAUUGUUUUUGGAGAGAAAAGGUAUCUGGCGGUCAUAAAAGAGAUCACGACAUGAGAGAGUAUACCACAUGGAAUAAAAGUGAUAAAGGUUCAACAGUUCGUAAUAAACUACUUUGUUCACCAUCUCCUACUUCGCCUCGAUUGCCUGACUAUCCCAAAGAACCAGAACCAAAUAAAAUGCUUGACAUGAGUAACAUUGUGCCUCCUCUACCUUGUGAACCUUGUUCACCAAGUUCUACAUUACCUCGCUCACCAAAAGUAAGGAACAGUGAAAGUCAGCAUUCAACAUUGUCAAAAGGAAGUUCCAAUUUUUCAGCAUUUCUAGACCGACAAGAUGAAGAACAUUCACUGAUAAAAAUGUAUGCCCAAAGACUUGCAGCGUGUGCUCUCAAUAACAAUAGUUUGCAGACCGAAAGUCGUAGUUUACCACUUAAUACUUCUGCUGAACAAAAAUUGAUUAUUACUUCUUUAGAAGAAAAAAAUAAAUUUCUCCUUCAUCAAAUCAAUCAGCUAAAAGCAGAACACGAAGAAACAAUUAACAAUGCUCAACAACUAGGUUGUGAUCCAAAUCUUCUAACAGAACUUCGUGUGCUGAGGCUCAGAAAAGAUGAGUUGGAGAUGCGAAUGUCUGCACUUCAAGAAACACGUCGUGAGUUGAUGGUGCAAUUGGAAGGUUUAAUGAAACUGUUAAAGAAUAACCAAAUUAACUCGCCUCGUAUUGUUCCCCGAGUCUCAGAUGAACCUCGGCCGUCGAUUGUGAGCCUAACAAGCAACACGUCAUCGACUUUAAUGAGAGGAGUGAAUGGGGAGGUUAAAGAAGCAUUCGGAAAGUCUGGUGCUAAAGAGGUAAGCGAUCAAAUGGGAGACGAUUUGCAAGCAGAUCUUCUUGCAGCUGUAGAAGAAGUCGCCUCGGCUAUGACAACUGUGGUGACAGAAAUAAGAGCAGAUGGCACACCAUUUCAAGAAUACGAUGAGCAACAAAUAAAUGUCGAUGUUGUUGUUGCGGUUAGCAGUGCUAAAAAUACCGUAUCUAACACGGAAGUGACGGUUUACUAAACGCUUUAUUUUCCUCUUAUUGUUCAUAUUUCUAGUGUUUAUUUUUGACAUGUUUUUUAAUAAAUAAAUUUUUUUACAGAAUUCA